AUGUCUGCCGCUCCCAUUAUCCGCCAUGCCCACCGCGAGGACGUCCCCGCGAUUCUCGAACUAAUCCGCGAGCUGGCCGACUAUGAGCACGAGCUCCAGAGCGUCGAGGCGACCGAGGCCAAGCUGCUCGAAACCAUCGCCUUCGCCCCGCCCGACGCCCCCGACCUAGCCGUGACAGGCAACAUCCCGACGACAGAGCCGACAUCCCCCUCUAGGCCUGCUCGCUGCCUCGUGCUCAUCACGCCUGAGGGUGUCACCGCAGGUAUUGCGCUGUACUUCUACAACUACAGCACAUGGCGCGCGAGGCCGGGGAUCUACCUGGAGGAUUUGUACGUAAAGCAGAGCGAGCGCAAGAAGGGUUAUGGCAAAAGACUUCUUGUGCAGCUGGCUAAGGAGGUUGUGGCCAUGAAGGGCGGGCGACUGGAGUGGAGUGUUCUCAAGUGGAAUGAACCGUCGAUCAAGUUCUACGAAGCUGUUGGUGCGCGUAUGAUGAACGAGUGGGUGGGCAUGCGCGUGGAUGGGGAUGCGCUGACCAGGUUGGCAAGCAUGUUGGACUAA